AACAAAAGCCUCAAAAACAAGCUCCUGUCAGGAAACAAGCUCUGUGGUAUUCACGCAGAAGAGUCAAAAAAGAUCCAAGCCCAGCUGAAAGAACUUCGUUAUGGGAAAAAGGAUUUGAUUUUUAAGGCACAACAGCUAACAGAUCUGGAGCAAAAACUAGCGGUUGCAAAAGAUGAAUUGGAAAAGGCAGCCCUUGACAAAGAGUCACAGCUGAAAGCUCUGAAGGAGACUGUGCAGCUUUGCCUGUCUUCCGUUCUGCACAAUCAGCCUCCCGCUACGAAUCUAAUCCUUUCAAAACCAACUGAGAAGCUGACAUCACCCGUUACAAAGGGCUCAAAAGUUCCAUUUCAAGUGACAAGCACCAAG